AUGUCGCUCCAGUUCCUGAGUCAGAAGAGUUGGCACCCGGCGAACAAGUCGAACCAGAAGCGCAUUUGGAUCGCCGAGCAGGAGGCGCUCGAGCGGGAGGAGCGGGAGAAGCAGAAGGUCAAAGAGGUGCGCAAAGCGGUGCAGGCGCAAAAGGCUCAAGCAGCUGCUGCGGCUGUUUCGACCGCUGGUACAACAGACGGUACGGGAGCGCGGCACGGGGCGGCAGAGCAAGUGCAGUUUUUGUAUACGGCUCCUCCUGGACUCGUGCAGGUGGCUACAGACGGGGCACGAGAGAGAAAACAGCACAGGGCAGUCGAGGAGGACGACGCCGUGCGCGAGUUUCGACGCAAAGCUGCGGGACGGACCGAGUCGCAGCGUAAACUCGAGCGGUACGUGGGACGACGAGCACAAGAGACGCUGACGAUAAAGGACCAAGUGGACCGCUUCCCUGUGCUCAAGGGCGCGCCCGUGGAGGGGAAGUACACGGAGACGAUCCGCGUGCAGUUUAAUCCGCUGGGACUUCGACUGCGCAACGUGCGCUGUCUUCGAUGCAGUGAGUGGGGACAUCAGAGUGGCGAUCGGGAGUGCAAGUUACGCAACGUGAAUCCGAACGAUGCUACGAGACAGAGGUGGGAAGACCCUGUGACGGAGAUCAAUAAGCUUAAGCGGGUAAAGCAAGAGCUUGUGCUGAGAAGAGGAGCUCUGCCAUUGGAGAUGCAAGAGGACGGAGGAGAGUUUGAGAUAUUGCAGUCGGACGACGAUGGAGACGUGUUUCUGGCGGAAUUGUCCGCAAAGCAGCAGAAGAGAUUGCUGAAGAAGUUGAAGAAGAAGUCAAACAGGUGUGGCAGUCAUUUGGACCCUGAAAUUUCAUGCCGUCAGCAACUACCUCGAAAGACAGGGAAGCACAAACUGUCGAGCAUGCACAAACACAAGGGCAAGCGUAAGAAGCGCUCCAGGAAUCAGUCGUAUGAUGCGAAUGACAGCUAA